GCGCCACUGGUAAAAACAGCUCCCACUCUUGCAGGAAGGAAAAGAGUGUACAACACACAGCCUGGUUUUAAUUACUGCAUUCAGAGUUUCAAGAGUUCCCUAAACCUAACUUUUGAAAGGAGUUUUCCUUCCACAAUUGGGCAGCGAUAUGGUCCGUUAGCUCUCUAGAAAAGAGAGAAGUCUGGAGAGCUGCCAAAGAGGGCAGAAAGGGGGCAGCUAGAGAAAUAACCGAAAUAGUCGUAUAAGCUAUGUCUUCUUGGCAGGAUUCUUGAAGGGUGGGGGGAGUCACGAAGAAGUACUGAAUGUCAUUACAGCGAUUUAAAAAGUAACUGCAGGGAAAAGACGACAACUGCAUUGUGUCCAGAUCCAUCAGAGGAGCUAAUAUUCUGAAUUCUUCUCAAAACUUUCCCUCCCUGCAAGAACCAGAAAUGCAGAGGUUUCAGAGAAAUACAAGUGUCUGUCAGCAAACCAAAGCCCUCUUAUGCAAAAAUCUACUUAUCAAAUGGAGAAUGAAAAUGCAGACCUUUCAGGAAUGGAUCCUGUCACUACUAUUUAUCUUUCUGAUCUACUUGAUAUCAACGACCACCUACUAUCCCCCAGAUCCUGAAAUACCGCAUGCUUUCCUGGGACGAUUGGAUGACCCUGCCUAUAAUGCAACGGGAAUUACAGUUGCGUAUACACCCGUGACGAGCCGCACAAGACACAUAAUGAAAAAAGUGGCUUCAGAGUCUGUAAUGAUGGGUAUAACAAUAGAAGAGAUGGCAGAUGAAAAAGCGCUCGAGGCAGCAUGGAUUUUGAAUGAUGAAAUGAUAGGGGUUGUAUUUAAAGAUGACUUUACCUAUCAACUCAGAUUUUCUCCCUCGAAUGUGAUUGCUCCAAAUGAGCAUUUUGGACAUAUAGAUUCUUGUUAUAAUUUUUCAGAAGUUUAUUGUAAUAGUCCAAGGUAUUGGUACAAAGGAUUUCUGUCUCUGCAAUCAAGCAUUGAUGCUGCCAUUAUAGAAAUGACGACCAAUCACUCUGUCUGGGAAGAAAUGAAGUCGAUUAGUGGUGUCCGCAUGGAAUCACCAGGCAUCAUACCCUUGGUUUCUCUGGAAUACAGUUUUAUCAGUUUUGCCAUUGCAAUAUGUUUCACUCCAUUUAUGCACUUCCUGUCGAGCAAUCUGACAAGAGAAAAAAGGAAGCUCAAGGAGCUGAUGAAGAUGAUGGGGUUACAGGAUGCUGCUUUCUGGUUAUCCUGGAGUUUGCUGUAUAUGGUCUAUGUUUUGAUUAUGUCCAGUGGGCUGGCGGCGAUCACCAUUUCUGAAUUUUUCUACACAAGCAGCUACUUUCUGAUAUUACUUCUGUUUUUCUUUUAUGGCGUAGCAUCUAUCCACUUCUGUUUCAUGCUCAGCGCCCUCUUAAAGAAGCCUAAACUCACCAGCUCCAUUGGAUUCCUCCUCACUUUUUUCUCUGCGAGUCUGAGCUUAAUUACAUUGGUGGAAAGACUUCCUGCACCCUUGGAAUGGGCAUUGGGUCUCCUCUGUCCCUUUGCCUUUACUACUGGAAUCUCAAAGAUUUUACAUUUAGAAAAAUAUGGAGUGGGUUUCUAUUUUUCUAACCUUAUGGAUGAAUCCUAUGCCGUAUUUACAGCCUAUAUCCUACUCAUUUUUGACAGUGUUUUAUACAUGCUAUUGGCUCUCUAUUUCGAUAAAGUUUUGCCUGACAAAUACGAUAGGAAAUAUCACCCUUUGUUCUGCUUCAAGCCAUCAUACUGGUGCCAAAGCAGGAGAAGUUCAGUGGGGGAGAGACCUGAAAUGGAAGAAAACCAUGAAUGUAUCUUCAAUGACAGUAUGGAGACAGUGCCCCCUGCAUUGGAUGGGAAAGAAGCCAUCAGGCUCAACAAUAUUAAAAAAACAUAUAAAACAAAGGACAAGGAAAUAGAAGCUUUGAAAGGUUUGUUCUUAAAUAUUUAUGAAGGCCAGAUCACUGCCUUGCUUGGUCAUAGCGGAGCUGGAAAAACAACAUUACUGAACAUCCUGAGUGGACUUUCCCAGCCUUCUUAUGGUUCUGCAACUAUAUACAAAUACAAGUUAUCAGACCUGAGGGAUAUGGAGGAAGCUAGAGCAUUAUUAGGGGUCUGUCCACAAUUCAACGUUCAGUUUGAAACUUUAACGUUGAAAGAAAACUUGCGCGUUUUUGCUGAAAUCAAAGGGAUCCGCGCCACUGAGGUAGAGUACGAGGUGCAGAAAGUUUUGAAACUCUUGGAUAUUAUCAACAUUCAAGACACGCAAGCUAAUAAACUAAGUGGUGGACAAAAAAGAAAGCUGUCUCUUGGGAUAGCCAUAUUAGGAGAUCCACAGGUUUUGUUAUUAGAUGAGCCAACUGCUGGAUUGGAUCCCCGUUCCAGACACUAUGUGUGGAACCUACUGAAAGAACGUAGAGCUGGUCGAGUGACAUUGUUCAGUACUCAGUUCAUGGAUGAAGCUGAUAUCCUUGCUGACCGGAAAGCAUUUAUCUCACAUGGGAGAAUUAAGUGUGUUGGAUCGUCUCUGUUUUUGAAGAAAAAAUGGGGGAUUGGUUAUCACUUAAGGAUGCAUGUCAAUGAGGGUUGUGACUCCGGGAGCAUGAUAUCCCUGAUCAGACAAUACAUUCCUGAGGCCACGUUCACCGGGCAGAGUGAAAAUGAACUGAGUUAUGCACUGCCCUUAGAAAAUGUGGAUAAAUUUCCAGAUCUGUUCUGCGAGCUAGACAAUCACUCUCGCCAGGGGAUUGUUAAUUAUGGUGUUAGCAUGACAACCCUGGAAGAUGUCUUCCUGAAGCUGGAAGGUGAAGAAACAGUUGAUCAAGAAGAUUAUGGUGUCUUCAGCGAGGAGCAGGCAGAAGAGGAAAGAGACUCCUUUCCCGCUGAUGAAAUGGAACAGGGUCUCCUGUCUCUCUCAGACAUAGGAAAGGCGACUGUAAGUGGCAUCGCCCUCUGGAGACAACAAGUCUGUGCCGUGGCAAGAAUUCGCUUUUUAAAGCUAAAGCAUGAGUAUAAAGCCCUUCGGUCCAUAUUAUUGCUGUGUGGAUUUUUUAUGAUACCUAUAGCUAUCCAGUUUAUCAUGGUUGGCUUAUGGGAGCAUUUAAAUUCUUGGGAGCUGUCACCUGGUCUGUACUUUUCUCCUGGACAGCAAUCUCACAAGGAAGUCACGAGCCUCCUAGUCCUCAACAACACAGGUUCAAGCAUUCAGGACUUCAUCCACUCUCUGGAGACUCAGAACAUAAUGUUGGAAAUAGCAACAGGGAAAAAUAUCACUAAGAGGCUAAUACAUAAUGGGGCUAUACAAGUAUCCUGGGAGAACCAGAGCUACAGAUUUACCGUUAUGUGCAGCAUAGAAACAAUCAACUGCUUUCCAGUGCUUGUGAACAUCAUUAGCAAUGCACUGCUGUGCACCCACAAUUCCACUGCACACAUUCGAAUCUGGAAUCAUCCAUUUUUUAAUAGUCAUCGUCCAGGAAUGUGGAAUUAUUUUAUUAUGAUCUAUCUAAUGACCGCGGUAUUUUUAGUUCCUGGUUUCCCACCUCACUUAGCAAUGAACAGCAUACAAGAUUAUAAGCUAAAAGCUCGUUCCCUGUUGCGGAUCUCCGGGCUCUUCCCUUCAGCCUACUGGUGUGGGCAGGCUCUGGUGGACAUCCCCCUCUACUUGGUUCUCCUCUGCACCAUCUUUGGAAUUAUCUCAACAUUGAGUUCCAGAAAUUGGAUGGCUGCCAGUGGAGUUUUUGCCCUGUUUGCUGGUAUCAUUAGCUAUGGAGCGUCGAUGAUCCUGUUCGUUUAUGUAAUUGCUUUCGUAUUUCGGAAGCGAUGCAACAGCUGUGAUUUUUGGUCUUUUAUCCUCAUAGUGACAGCUCUGGUGAGCACCAUUAUUAGUUUCAUCACCAUGGUGGUUAUCUCAGAAAGCCUUUCCCAUUACAUCUUUUCCAUUCUGAUUCCUAUGUAUCCAUUAAUAGGCGUUGUGAUCAAGUCUAUGAAGUUUUUUAUGGAAGAUGAGUAUUUUAUUGAUUUUGGCCACUGGAGCGAUAUAUUCAUAUCCAUCUUUUCACCUUACCUCCACUGUGCUGUUUUCAUUUUUCUUCUUCGAUGGCUGGAGAUGAAAUACGGAAAAGCGGUUAUGAGAGAGGAUCCAAUCUUUAGAAUCCCCCUAAGGAAUGAGAUCAACCAUCCAAAUCCUGAAGAGCCAGAAGAAGAAGAAGAUGAAGAUGUGCAAGCUGAACGGGCAAGAGUAAGGGGAACCAUAGCUUCUGAAAAUCAGCAAGAGAAACCCAUUAUCAUUGUCAACAAUCUGCGCAAGGAAUAUAAAGACAAGAAAGCCAGUUCGGUAUUUAAAAAAAGGAAGAAAGUGGCCACCAAAAAUGUCUCUUUUUGUGUUAAAAAAGGAGAGGUGUUUGGACUAUUAGGGCCCAAUGGGGCUGGCAAAAGCACAACUAUCAAUAUGAUUGCUGGAGAGACAGCACUGACUGCUGGGCAGGUGCUGGUGAAAGGGAAAGGUGCCGCUGAAGCUCAACUGGAAGAGAGCACAACUGGCUUUCUAGGCCACUGCCCCCAAGAGAACCCUCUCUGGCCAAACCUGACUGUGCAGCAACAUCUGGAGGUGUAUGCAGCUGUGAAAGGGAUGAGGAAAGAAGAUGCGAUGCUUACCAUCAGGCGGAUAGCAAAGGCUCUGGAGCUUCAGGAUCAUUUAAAGAAAGCGAUCAGGAAAUUAUCUGCUGGAGUAACUAGAAAGGUGUGUUUUGCACUGAGCAUGUUGGGGAAACCCACAGUUCUGCUUCUGGACGAACCAUCCACUGGACUGGACCCGAAAGGGCAAAGUCAUGUGUGGAAAGCAAUUCGGGCUGCCCUGAAGAACAAGCAGCAAGGAGCCAUCUUGACCACCCACCACAUGGAGGAGGCUGAAGCACUGUGUGAUCGAGUGGCCAUCAUGGUGUGUGGAAAGCUCCGGUGCAUUGGGGCUGUUCAAUACCUGAAAAGCAAGUUUGGUAAAGGUUACUUACUGGAAAUUAAAGUAAAAGAUCCAGCACAAGUUGAUUGCCUCCAUAUGGAGAUUAUGAGGAUCUUUCCACAUGCAGAUCGUCAGGAACGGGUUUCCGCUUUGCUGGUGUACAAGGUACCAAUGCACAAUGCAUUGCCUUUAUCCCAGACUUUCUCCAAGCUAGAGACAGCCAAACGCACCUUCGGCCUCGAGGAGUACAGCUUUUCUUUGAACACUUUGGAACAGGUGUUCUUAGAACUCUCCCGUGAGCAAGAAAUGAAUAAUUUUGACACAGCUUUGGAAGGUACUUUUGAAUGGAAAAGACUUCACCAGGAAGACCUUUAAAAAUACCAACCUGUUCCAUUAUAUUUUAUUCAGCAUUCAUGUGUAUGAUUUAAUAAUGCACAUAUUUACUAUUAUUACCACACACUUAUCAGCAUAAUAAACAUUGUGGCAUGUAGCUUUGAGGCUGCUGUUCUUUGGACUCAGAAGUACUUUUUGCUAAAUUAGCCUCCAUGGUGAGAAAGGAAGAUUUGUAAAGGUGAAGGCAGUGGGGUAACUCAAGGUAAAUUGCUCCGCUUACAAUAGGUGUUGGAGAAGUUCAGGCCUGGAACUGUGAAACAAGUCCAUGAACUUGACAGAUGGAUGUGGACUGUUGAUAUGGAUGGGGAAGCAUGCUUUGAAGUGAACAAUUAACUACAUACAGAUGUACCUUGUUAGCAUCGUCAUCAGUCACCACCAUCUAAUUGAGAUUCAGUCCAAUCUUCAGCUCAUGCACAACCACACAGAAUAAUCAAUGGAGUGAGAACAAUGAGAUUCUGUUUUCCACUGGUACAGAUAAUCUACAAACCAUGUUGCAAGUGCAUAAUCCUUGCACAUUCAUGGUGAUCUCAAGCUUCCCCUUUAGUCUGAAGAGAGCAGAGUAAGAAUGAGGGUAAAAGCCUCACAAAACCCCUAAGAGAUAAAUAUUAACCGGAGGGAGGUUAAUGAAGCAAAGAAGGGCUAAGUGACUUGACCAUAGUCACAAGAUGAGUGAGUGGCAGAGUAACUGGAACACAAACAUUUCCUGUUCCCAUUUCUGUGCAUUUCCCUCUGUGGGGAAGUGAAUAACUGAUAAAUGCCAUCAUCUAAUGCACAGAAGGAAGUCAGUUUAUAUACUGCUCAUCAUUCUUUCUAACUGAAAUUUUAUAAUUAAAGGCAUUUUAUAUGGUCAUGUCCUUUAUUAUGUUUGUCUCAAUGGAGGAGUGAUCUGCAUGAAGCUGACCCUUCAGUUCUUAUGCUUAUAAGAAGCACUUGGGAUCUUUUUUGG